AUGUCGAUUACCUUGGAUUUUAAUGGAAAAAACUUGGCUAAAGGCAAGUCCCUGCAUCUGCACUAUUUGCCAGCUAAGAUAAGUGGAGAUGGGGAAGCAAAUGUGGAGACCUACUUCAACAAUUAUACACGUGAAGCACCCGAGUACGGAUCAGGAAUGCUGAACAAUGCCUUGCGCGGCUAUCCUCUGGUGGGCGAGCGGAUGAAAGUACCGGAAGGUUACAAGGGCCUAGUCCUGCAGGAGACGGAGAAGCCUUUGAGCGAGUCUACUGACCGUCAAUUGCGCCUCACCGGUGUUUUUGACGAGUUCACAUACUGGAACUACGAUAAAGUCCCCUCAAACGGCGAUCCCUUCAGACAAGCCAUGCUUAUGGCAGACGUGGCCAAGGCGCUGUCCGAACCCAUAAGCGAGCAAGAUUUGGAGGCAGAAAUUAGACGAAACCUGGAAAGCAAAAAGGAAAACGAUUCCUAGCUCUUUAGCGCGCUUACAGCGUUUAUUAUAUAAUAUUCCAAAAGCUAAUCAAAUAUAAUCUUAACAUUUCAUACUUUUUAGUCUUAAAUUUAUAUAAGAUUUCAAAUAUAAAUACGUUUAGUAUCA